CCCGGUAUAAAACGUUAUAUACGCACGACGGGGCCGACGUGAGACGUGGACGUGACUUGUGCAGUGACAAUCAUGGCUGGGAUAAAUCCUUAUAAGCAUCUACUAAAAUCCAUUAAAAUUGGACAAAAAGAAUGCCAAUAUUAUGAUAUUGGCAGUUUUGGGACAAAAUAUGACAGACUGCCAUUCUCUAUUCGAGUUCUCUUGGAAAGUGCUGUACGUAAUUGCGAUGACUUUCAAGUAACAAAAAGUGAUGUUGAGAAAAUUUUGGAUUGGGAAAACAAUCAAGCUGUCCAAGAUGGAGUUGAAGUGGCUUUUAAACCAGCAAGAGUCAUAUUACAAGACUUUACUGGAGUACCAGCAGUCGUGGAUUUUGCUGCAAUGAGAGAUGCUGUGAAGAAACUUGGUGGUGAUCCUGAUAAAAUUAAUCCAGUCUGUCCAUCUGAUCUUGUGAUCGAUCAUUCGAUACAAGUCGAUUUUAUAAGAAGUACUGAUGCCUUAAAAAAGAAUGAAGAACUUGAAUUUGAGAGAAACAAGGAACGCUUUUUGUUUCUCAAAUGGGGUGCAAAGGCAUUUGAAAAUAUGUUAAUUGUACCACCUGGAAGUGGUAUCAUUCAUCAAGUGAAUUUGGAAUAUUUGGCAAGAGUAGUAUUUGAUUUCAACAAUCUUCUGUAUCCUGACAGUGUAGUCGGUACUGAUUCUCACACUACUAUGGUCAAUGGUCUCGGUGUGCUUGGAUGGGGAGUUGGUGGGAUUGAAGCAGAAGCUGUUAUGCUUGGUCAAGCAAUUUCUAUGUUGAUACCAAAAGUUGUAGGAUAUAAAUUGGAGGGUGUAUUGAAUCAGUAUGCUACAUCCACUGAUCUUGUUCUUACAAUUACAAAGAAUUUGCGACAAGUCGGAGUGGUUGGAAAAUUCGUUGAAUUCUUUGGGUCGGGAGUAUCGCAAUUAAGUAUUGCGGAUCGUGCUACUAUAUCUAAUAUGUGUCCAGAAUAUGGAGCAACCGUAGGCUUCUUUGCAGUAGAUGAACAAAGUUUAGCAUAUCUCAAACAAACAGGUCGAUCAGAUGAACAUAUUAAUCGAAUUGAGAAGUAUCUUAGAAGCGUACGCAUGCUAAGGAAUUACGAUGACGCGAGUCAGGAUCCAAUCUUCUCGGAAGUGGUCACUUUGGACUUGAGCACUGUAGUUUCAAGCGUCAGCGGACCUAAAAGACCGCACGAUAGAGUUUCAGUCUCCGACAUGCAAAUAGAUUUCAGAAACUGUCUCGUAAACAAGAUAGGAUUCAAGGGCUACGGUUUAACUCCGGAAAAGGUAAAUACUAUGGUAAAAUUUGAGUAUGAAGGAAAAGAUUACAAGUUGAAACAUGGUUCGGUGGUCAUAGCGGCGAUUACCAGUUGUACAAAUACUAGCAACCCAAGUGUUAUGCUUGGCGCAGGUCUUCUUGCUAAAAAAGCAGUAGAAGCUGGUUUAAAUGUCGAGCCGUAUAUAAAAACAUCAUUAUCACCUGGUUCCGGAGUCGUGACUUAUUAUCUUGAAGAAAGCGGAGUAAUCCCGUACUUAACAAAGUUGGGAUUCGAUAUCGUGGGUUAUGGAUGUAUGACCUGUAUUGGAAACAGCGGUCCGCUUGAUGAUGUUAUUGUCGAAACUAUCGAAAAAAAUGAACUUGUUUGCUGUGGUGUUCUAUCGGGUAACAGAAAUUUUGAAGGCAGAGUACAUCCGAACACUCGAGCAAAUUAUCUAGCGUCUCCACUUUUAGUAAUAGCAUAUGCUAUCGCCGGCACCGUAGAUUUCGAUUUUGAAAAGCAGUCAUUAGGUCACAAGCCCGACGGUACUCCGAUAUAUUUACGAGAUAUAUGGCCGACCAGGGCGGAAAUUCAAGCUGUAGAACAGAAAUAUGUCAUUCCGGCUAUGUUCAAAGAAGUUUAUGGUAAAAUCGAACAGGGCAGCAGCAAUUGGGCGAAUUUGAUAGCGCCUAGUGGCAAAUUAUAUCCAUGGGAUGUUAAUUCAACGUACAUUAAAAAUCCGCCUUAUUUCGAUAACUUGCAAAAGAAGCUGCCUCAAAUCAAACCGGUCACGAGAGCGCGAGUACUCGUGAAUCUUGGAGAUUCUGUUACGACCGAUCACAUUAGUCCAGCUGGUAGUAUCGCGCGUAAUUCACCAGCGGCGAGAUAUCUAGCGAGUCGCGGCUUGACACCAAGAGAUUUCAAUUCUUACGGUUCGCGUAGAGGGAACGACGCUGUAAUGGCACGAGGCACAUUUGCUAACAUUCGUCUGGUGAACAAAUUCAUUGGUAAAGCGGGACCACGAACAAUCUACAUUCCAACUAACGAAGAAAUGGACGUAUUUGAUGCAGCCGAAAAAUACGCAAAGGAUGGGACGACUCUGAUUGCUCUAGUUGGCAAGGAAUAUGGAUCCGGAUCUUCUAGAGAUUGGGCUGCUAAGGGACCGUAUCUGCUUGGUAUUCGAGCGGUCAUAGCCGAGUCGUAUGAAAGAAUACAUAGAUCCAACCUUGUGGGUAUGGGCAUUGUUCCACUGCAGUAUCUUCCUGGAGAAAACGCAGAGUCCUUAGGUUUAACUGGUUAUGAACAAUACGACAUCGCGAUUCCCGAGAACUGUCAACCCGGAGAAAAGAUUACUGUGAGCACUGAUGAUGGCAAGAAGUUCGAUGUGAUCGCACGAUUCGAUACAGAAGUUGAUUUGACCUAUUUCAAACACGGUGGUAUUCUCAAUUAUAUGAUUAGAACAAUGCUUUGAUUUUUUAAAAGAGAAUAUAAAUGAUUUUUUUUUUUAAGAUUACUUAAGGAGAUACUUAAUAUAUUGGUUUUGGAUAUAAAAUAUAUCUCUUUUAAGAAAGAUUUUGAAAAUUCAUAAAUGCACAAGGGAAAAAUAAGUAUACAAUAAUUUAUAGGCACUAUUGUAACAAAUUGUUUACUAUUUUUUUUCCAUCCAAAACGAUCAAUGCAAUUAUAUUUGUGCAUAUUAUUUAUAUCAUAACAUACCAAAUUUUUAUUAUUGUACCAAUUAUUUUUAUUGGUUUUAAUAUUCAAACUCGUUGCGCGAAGUUUAUUAUGAACAUCUUUGAGAAAAUUAAAUUGUAUUGUUCGAAAAAUGAAUUUUUUUAUAUUUUAUAUAAUCGUUAUCUUAUAUUACAUAUGCAUAGAGAAAAUUAUUGUCUUCGCUUUUGUGUAUGUAUUGCAAUAAUAAUAAAUUGUUGCAAAAUU